CCGACUGGUCCGAUUUGUCCGAUUGACCUUCCCCGUCUGACUGCGCAUUGCGCAGCGCGUUCGUCCCGCUCUCUCUCUCUGCCCCAAAAGGGUGGGUGCUCCUGAAGUGGAAUCUUAGUGGAUUCACCACACCGAAACAGCUCCCAAAACUGAGAAUACUGGAGAUCGUCAAGAUGCGGCUUUCUUACGUCCUCCCCGCGUCCUUCGCACUGAUCUCGGCGGCUGCCGCCCGCGAUCACACCUUCCACCCCACGGAGAUCACCGCGCCCUUCGUGGAGCAAUUCACCCCUGGAUGGGACAAGCGCUGGAUCCCCUCGACGUCCAAGAAAGUCGUGGAUGGCGUUGAGGACGAGGAUCUACUGCAGUAUAGGGGCCGGUGGGCGGUUGAGGCGCCGGAAGGAGCGGUGAUUGAGGGGGAUGAGGGUUUGGUGGUGAAGGACGCGGCUGCGCAUCAUGCUAUCACGGCUUUGUUCCCGACCCCAAUCGACCCUGCCGGUAAAAGCUUCGUCGCCCAGUACGAGGUGAAGCUCCAGAACGGCCUCGAGUGUGGAGGCGCCUACAUGAAGCUCUUGACUGCCGACAGCUCGUUUGAUCCUGCCAAGUUUGCUGAUAAGACUCCUUACACUAUCAUGUUUGGGCCCGACAAGUGUGGCUCGACAAACAAGGUGCACUUCAUCUUCCGUCACAAGAACGCUAAAACUGGCGCAAUCGAAGAGAAGCACCUGGAAGCGCCUCCUUCUGCCAAAGUGGAUAAAGACGCCCACUUGUACACCCUAAUCGUAGACCCCGACCAGACGUUCAAGAUUCUCGUCGACAACGUUGAGGCCAAGACAGGAUCCCUUCUGAAAGACUUCAACCCGCCGGUCAACCCGCCUAAAGAGAUCGACGACCCGACGGACACCAAACCAGCGGACUGGGUCGACCUAGCGCAGAUCGAGGACCCGGAGGCAACUAAGCCUGAUGACUGGGACGAGGACGCACCGCUGCAGAUUGUCGACGAGGAUGCGCAGAAGCCGGCGGACUGGCUUGACGACGCGCCCGCAUCCAUCCCAGACCCGGAGGCCGAGAAGCCUGAGGACUGGGACGAUGAGGAAGAUGGUGAUUGGGUGGCGCCUAGCAUCCCUAACCCGGCCUGCGAAAAGGCGUCCGGAUGCGGCGAGUGGACGAGACCGUUGAAGAGCAACCCGGCCUAUAAGGGGAAGUGGUCUGCGCCGUUGAUCGCCAACCCAGCUUACAAGGGCGUGUGGGCACCGAAGAAAAUCUCUAACCCUGCCUAUUACGAAGACAAUACGCCUUCCAACUUUUCGCCCAUUGGCGGUAUCGGUUUCGAGAUCUGGACCAUGCAGAACGGUAUCUUGUUUGACAACAUCUACAUAGGCCACAGCGCGGCUGAUGCCAGGAAGCUCGCUGAGGAGACGUGGGACGUCAAGAACAAACUCGAGACUGAGAAGCGCAAGAAGGAAGAAGAGAAGGCUGCCAAAGAGGCAGAGAAGAAAGCUAAGGAAGAGGAAAAGAAAGAGAAAGAGGCUCCUAAGAAGGAAAAGAGGGCCCUCCCCGAACUCCCUCUCAAGGAGCAAGUCAAAGACCAAGUCCUCAAAUUCGCCAACAUUGCCCGCCACAACCCUCUCGCUGCCAUCCAAGAACUGCCCCUCAUCGCCGCCGGCCUCGCCGCAUCCAUCCUCCUACCCCUGCUCCUCCUCAGCAGCCUCUUUGGCGGAUCCACCGCCGCUGCAAAGUCGAAAGCAGUUGUUAAGAAACCGAAGGAAGCGGUCGUUCCGGUUGGAAAGGAGAAGGCAAAGGGAAAGAAGCAGAUUGUCGUCACGGAGACGGUUGAGACGGAUCAGGUGAUUGAUGCUAGUGGGAAGACGAAGGGGACUACUGUGAAGCGGACUGUUAAUGCACAGGCGAAGAAUGUGGUUGGGGAGGAUGAGUGAGUGGGGGAAUCUGUUAUGCUUU